CAGAAACCGACCGGAAGUGGCUGUCUGGAGUUUGUCGAAGUGCUAGCGGCUAUGCUAAUGCAAUACAGAGCGCAAUUUGAGUGUCUGGCUGAAUGUGUCAUCUUCAUCCCGGACACAGAUUUACACAUUAUCGUCAGCAUUAAACAUUCUCCACGGCAAUAAAAGAUACGGUCGCAUAUCCUUCUGUUUAUCCAGGCGCUGAAAUAAGGCAGGUGUGAAUGACCGACGUGGUGCCUACCACCGCCUUUAGUGAAAUAAAGCUCCGCCUGCUCUGCCAAGAUGACAUAGAAAGAAUAAAGGUGCUCUGUGGAGAGUGGUUCCCCAUUGAGUAUCCAGACUCAUGGUAUCAUGACAUCACAUCAAACAAGAAGUUCUUCUCUCUUGCUGCCACCUUUAGAGGUGGAAUUGUGGGGAUGAUUGUGGCAGAAAUAAAAAGCAGAACGAAAGUGCACAAAGAGGAUGGAGACAUCUUGGCCUCCAGCUUUCCUGUUGACACUCAAGUUGCGUACAUCCUGAGUUUAGGAGUCGUGAAGGAGUUUCGUAAACAUGGAAUAGGCUCUCUGUUGUUAGACAGUUUAAAGGAGCACAUCUCCACCACGGCACAGGACCAUUGUAAAGCCAUCUACCUGCAUGUGCUCACCACCAAUAACACUGCAAUUCACUUCUAUGAGAACAGAGACUUUAAACAACACCACUAUUUACCGUAUUAUUACUCUAUACGAGGAGUGCUGAAGGAUGGGUUCACAUAUGUCCUCUACCUCAAUGGAGGACAUCCACCAUGGACUAUCUUUGAUUAUAUUCAUCAUAUAGGUUCGGCACUGGCCAGUCUGAGCCCAUGCUCUAUUCCUCAGAGAAUUUACCGGCAAGCACAGAAUCUCCUGCGCAGCUUUCUGCCAUGGUCAAGCAUCUCUUCCAAGAGUGGCAUUGAGUACAGCAGAACCAUGUGAGGAUCAUCAGGCCUAACAGCGCAGGGUGGAAGAGAAUGAUUUGUCUGUGUCACACCGUCACUUAUCAAGCUUGGAUUGUGAAGACUGACAAUGGAUCUCUCUGGUCUCGAGCAGUGUAUUAUAUUUGUACAAUAUAUAUACUUUAAUAUAUGCAUUGUCAUUAGUAGAUUGCCCUCUUAUUUUAAACUCUCCACUUCAUGCUUGUAAUUCUGCAGCUGUGUAGAAAUAUGUUUUUUAAUAUAAAUAGAUUUUUUUUAAUGUGUGCCUGUUCUGUUCAGAGGAUUAUUGGGUUAAAGAUGGUAGAAGUAUCUCCUUCAAGAUGCACACUUUUUGAUCUAGUCACUUUCAUGAAUGUGCUCUAGUGUUUUGUUUGUGCAUUAACACAUUGACGCACAGCAUAUACAGUAUUUACAACCCCCCAGUUUUAAGUAUGCAAUGUUUAAAGUGAUUGUUUUAAUCGAGGCAAUGAAUGUAGUGUUGCAAUGAAGGGAAAAAGGCUAGCAUUUUAUAAAACGCUCCACCUCACUAAAUGUGUAUUGUUCAUGUCAAAUUUAAACGUGAACAGUCCUUUUAAAUUUGGAAAUGUUUUAUUAGCUAGAGCACUACAUCCUGUCACUCCAAGCAGUAUACUUUUUUUCUUUUGAAGUGCAAAUAGGUGAAUGUAUUGGAGGGAAGUGUUUGAAUAUACAGGUGCAUCUCAAUAAAUUAGAAUGUCGUGGAAAAGUUCAUUUAUUUCAGUAAUUCAACUCAAAUUGUGAAACUCGUGUAUUAAAUAAAUUCAAUGCACACAGACUGAAGUAGUUUAAGUCUUUGGUUCUUUUAAUUGUGAUGAUUUUGGCUCACAUUUAACAAAAACCCACCAAUUCACUAUCUCAAAAAAUUAGAAUACAUCAUAAGACCAAUAAAAAAAUUUUUUUAGUGAAUUGUUGGCCUUCUGGAAAGUAUGUUCAUUUACUGUAUAUGUACUCAAUACUUGGUAGGGGCUCCUUUUGCUUUAAUUACUGCCUCAAUUUGGCGUGGCAUGGAGGUGAUCAGUUUGUGGCACUGCCGAGGUGGUAUGGAAGCCCAGGUUUCUUUGACAGUGGCCUUCAGCUCAUCUGCAUUUUUUGGUCUCUUGUUUCUCAUUUUCCUCUUGAAAUACCCCAUAGAUUCUCUAUGGGGUUCAGGUCUGGUGAGUUUGCUGGCCAGUCAAGCACACCAACACCAUGGUCAUUUAACCAACUUUUGGUGCUUUUGGCAGUGUGGGCAGGUGCCAAAUCCUGCUGGAAAAUGAAAUCAGCAUCUUUAAAAAGCUGGUCAGCAGAAGGAAGCAUGAAGUGCUCCAAAAUUUCUUGGUAAACGGGUGCAGUGACUUUGGUUUUCAAAAAACACAAUGGACCAACACCAGCAGAUGACAUUGCACCCCAAAUCAUCACAGACUGUGGAAACUUAACACUGGACUUCAAGCAACUUGGGCUAUGAGCUUCUCCAUCCUUCCUCCAGAUUCUAGGACCUUGGUUUCCAAAUGAAAUACAAAACUUGCUCUCAUCUGAAAAGAGGACUUUGGACCACUGGGCCACAGUCCAGUUCUUCUUCUCCUUAGCCCAGGUAAGACACCUCUGACGUUGUCUGUGGUUCAGGAGUGGCUUAACAAGAGGAAUACGACAACUGUAGCCAAAUUCCUUGCUCUUGAUGCCUUGACACCAACCUCAGUCCAUUCCUUGUGAAGUUCACCCAAAUUCUUGAAUUGAUUUUGCUUGACAAUCCUCAUAAGGCUGCGAUUCUCUCGGUUGGUUGUGUAUCUUUUUCUGCCACACUUUUUCCUUCCACUCAACUUUCUGUUAACAUGCUUGGAUACAGCACUCUGUGAACAGCCAGCUUCUUUGGCAAUGAAUGUUUGUGGCUUACCCUCCUUGUGAAGGGUGUCAAUGAUUGUCUUCUGGAAAACUGUCAGAUCAGCAGUCUUCCCCAUGAUUGUGUAGCCUAGUGAACCAAACUGAGAGACCAUUUUGAAGGCUCAGGAAACCUUUGCAGGUGUUUUGAGUUGAUUAGCUGAUUGGCAUGUCACCAUAUUCUAAUUUUUUGAGAUAGUGAAUUGGUGGGUUUUUGUUAAAUGUGAGCCAAUAUCAUC